AUGCAACACCAAGCACACAGAGAGCCGCCAUCGUUUAUCUUCACCAGAAGCACUCGGAUAUGGGAACUACUGGCCGGAGACAUGGCUGCUGCUGCUGUUUCUGCCACUCUUGUAGCACCUACAGUUACCAUCAUCGACAGAGCAAUUGUUGAGAAGGCUUCAUCAAACCAACCGUUGCUACGAAGUCUGCGCCAUCAAGCCUGGUCUCUGGUAAAGUCGCCUCGUCAAUUUAUGCUAUCACUACCUUUCGGUAUCGUCUGGUCGCUGUAUGCUGGAACCUAUGGAGUCGCCAAUGUUGCCGAGACCAUCUCUGAGAGACUUACCCCGGAGCAUGUGGGCACUAUUGUCGGAGCUUCUGCCUUCUUAGUCAACGUCCCUCUCGGUGUAUGGAAGGACGUCCGCUUUGCUCAAAUGUUCGCCCGCAUACCCUCCCGCGUUGCAAACACAGCAGCAGCCACAGCAACAGCAACCGUACCCAUGCCCAAACUCCGACCCUCGCGUUCAGCAACAACAGUCUGGCUCGUACGUGACGCGUUGACGCUCUUCGGAUCAUUUACCUUCGCGCCUCGGCUAGCAGCGGCUAUCCCGGACAACUUGGCACUCCACCCUCAGACCAUCUCCCAGCUAUCUGUACCUGCUCUGACGCAGAUUGUUGCUACUCCGCUGCAUUUGCUUGGUUUGGAUCUGACGACUAGACAGCAUCAUGUGCCUUGGAUGCAGAGGAUUGCCGAUACUACCCGCUCCGGAUUGUUGUCUACGACUAUUGUGCGAUGCUUCCGUAUUCUCCCUGCCUUUGGUUUCGGAUGUAUUGGAAACACGGAGAUGCGCAAGGCACUGCACAAACAGCAUGAGCAAUUCGACUGA